AUAAUUAUGCAACCAAGGUUAAAUCAAAUCGAACGGGCUUUGUACCUCUUAAGCCUAUUUUCAGUAAUGAUGAUGAAAAUGGUUAUAAUGAAAAGGAUGUCAAUUUACCAACAACUAGUCAUGAAGUAACUGCCUCUAACAAUAACUACUCUGUAACCACCUUUA